AAAACAGUGCUUGAGGCAACAAAUAAAAACAAAAUUAAUCGUGAAUUUAUUUCCAAAUAAAAACAAUGGCAGUAGCUGAUACAUUAAAGUAUGACAAUGAAAUAUUUCGUGGAUACAUCACAUGGAGUGGAAUAUUAUUAGUCAAACUCCUUCUUAUGAGCUUCUUAACAGGCAUCAAUCGUAUCCGUAAAGGCGCAUACGAAAACCCAGAAGAUAUUCGUGGACGAGAAAAUGUUGAAUUGAAAAAAGAUGAAGAUGUCGAGAGAGUCAGACGUGCACACUUGAAUGAUCUUGAAAAUAUUCCGGCAUUUUUACUUGCUGGGUUCUUCUAUGUGCUAACAGAACCAAAUGUAGACUUAGCAUUAUGGCUCUUCCGAAUUGCAGUUUUGGCAAGAAUUGGACACACAAUAGUUUAUGCCAUUUACCCAGUACGUCAACCAGCACGAGGAAUUUGCUUUAUGAUUUGCGUUUUCAUUACGCUCUUCAUGAUUAUCGCAAACAUUGUUGCGUUCUUUAAAAUUUAAUUCUGAUUUGUAAUUAAUGACAUAAUCCUACUUGAUGUAAUACAGAAGUACUAAAGAUUUUUUUACCUCAUCUAAUAGAUUUAUAGAUUCAUCAUCGAUAUUCUCAUACUC